AUGUUCUCAAGCCUCUGCGUCAACUUCGAGUGUUUCCCCCUGUUUGGUGCCAUGGCUUCCCGUCAGACGCCCACCCCUGCCGCCGAGCUCGUCCGAGCCUGGCGCACUAUCUGCGAGCCCGAGCACGAGGACUCCGCGCUGGCCCUUGCCUCCCUGGAUGUGCAGUCCGUUUGCUUCGUGUCGGACGUCUGCCAUGACGUCCUCAUGGACAGGCUCUUUCACCUCCCUGCAGACAUAUUGUCCCGCAUGCAGCCCUCUGGCCGUCGCAUCACCCGCACAGUCAGGUAUGCCACGCCACCGCCCGCACCACCAGUGCAUGAUGCCGCAGCCUGGUCCCGCGAACGGGAUUGGCGCCACAGCGCCGUGACGGGGGUCUACACUGGCCCGUUGCCUGACCAAACGCCGCCUGCCAACACGCCUGCCAGCACGCCUGCCCCUGCUGCAACCGCGGAGCUCUUCUCGACCCGCCCGGCCCGCACGCCGGUUGCUCCGCGCCCCAUCCGCCAGGACAACAUGCACUUCGAUCCCAACAUCGGCCAUCGCGCCGUGCCCGCGGAUUCCCCAGCCUCCGUGUUCCGCACUGACCGCGACCGCCUGCCGGCCAUUUGCCCCACUGCCGCCACCGACCCGCGGCCCGACGAGGCGCUCAACUUUGAUCCGGGCUUCACGGACUCCCCUAACCAGGGCCCGUGGAGCACCGCGGAAGGCUGGGACUUCCAAAUUGCCCUGCCCGCCUGUUGUCCGCCCGCCAUGGUGGCCGUAUCCGGACAUGUUCUGUGUGCAUCCGGACGAGAUUCCGCGCUGGUUGGAUGUCCGCUUGCAGCCGCCCGCGGAUGCCGUCAGCCACCUCCGCCUCCGCGGCUACUGCACCCACAUCUGCUCCGCCUUUGUCUCGCCGGGCCGUGCCCCCACCUGCACAGGCCUCUGCUUCCGCCCGGUCAUGUUUGGCGAGAGGUCCGGGCAUAA